AUGUAUCGGCAGGUCUCCCACUACUCAGCAUAUCUGCUGUUUGACACUGCUGGAAGACAGAUGCUGGAUGGUCUGUCGGUGGCGGCAUGUAACCCUAAUGUUACUAUUUCCUCACAGGAAGUUAGAACUGAAAAAGAGAAUUCUAAAACAGAUAAAUUUUUUCAAGUAAUUACUAAUCAGGAGAUCAAACUGGUGGUUGCUGAUUGCAUGACCUGCAGCUGUUGUCAGACUCAUUUUGCUGAUAGAGAAGAACAGCUUGGACAUUAUAAAUGUGACUGGCACAGAUAUAACCUGCAUCGAAGAUUGAAAGGACUGCCAUGCAUCUCAGAAGAUGCAUUCGAAGAAACUGCAGGCGAUGUUUCAAGUAUAUCAGGAUCUGAUGAGGAUGAAGAAGGUGAUGAUACAUGGAAGGGGAUUGACAAACUUGGACAUGAGACUUCUCUUGUAUCUGAUACAGAAAGUGAAGAAAGUUUCAUCUUCGCAGAACGGAAAUUCUACAAAGUAUUCUUUAAAACGAAAGAAGGAGAGCUCAUAUCACUGUUUCGUUGUUUGCUGCACCAUAAAAAGAACCCUCUGUACGACCCAGAUAGUAUACUUGCUGCUGUGAACAAGUUGCCAGAAAAGAAUAAGUGGAUCGUUUUAAUGGUGUCAGCAGGUCACUUUGUUGGAUCUGUCUUUCAUGGGAAUGCAGUAAUUGAUCAUAAAACUUUCCAUCGUUACACUGUACGAGCCAAACGGGGAACUGCACAGUCAUCUAAAGAUAGCCAGGGAGGUGCACCAAAAAGUGCUGGUGCUACCUUAAGAAGAUACAAUGAAGCAGCAUUGGUUCAGGAUGUCCAGGAUCUGCUAACAAGAUGGGAAGAGCAUGUGAAAGUGUCUGAUUACAUAUUUAUUCGUGUACCUGUGGCCAAUAGAGCCAUGUUUUUCGGAGGCAAAAACCCAGCAUUGAAAAAAGAUGAUCCAAGGAUCAGAGUCAUUCCAUUUGCCACCAGAAGACCUACAUUUAGUGAAGCAAAGAGAGUACAUCAAAUGUUGGCUUCAGUGGAGUGCUAUGGUAAAGCUGCGGAAGUUAGUGAUGUUAUUCCAUUAUCACCUCCCAGAAUAUUUGAUAGUGAAACUGGGCAGUUGGUUUUAAGGAAGGAUAACUCUUUACCAAAAUCUGCUAGAAAUAAGAAGCAGCCUGUGCCGCUAGCAGAAACAACAGUUAAAGAUGAUCACGAUGAAGGAAUUGAAAUAAGUCUGGUUGAGACUUUUGAGGAGAUAGACUUGACAGAGCUGAAACAGUUUGAUAGCAGCAUAAAAAAGAGGCAUAAAAAGAAAAGAGCUGGCUCAGCUGAGAAGCAGAGCACAUCAAACGAUUCAGAUAAAAAAAUGGCUAGGUGGAGAAAUUCACUGUUUACUGCUUGCAUGUGUGCAAAUGUUUGUUUGGACAGCUGUCUAAAAGAACCUUCCAGCCUUCAUGCUUUAUCUUAUGUUUGUGAUACAUUGAAAAGUGGUAGCUCUGUUCAGCAAACCGAUGACAUAACUUCAUUGAUACCUGAAAGUUCUGCCAGCUUGACUGCUAAUGUUCCUGCAAUCCGAGAUAGUAAUGUGAAAGAGUCUUCAACUAGUCAGUUAUCAGUAAGUGAAUAUAAUACUUUGGAGAGUGACAACCACAUUCAGCAGAUGGUUGAUUCAUCUUCAUCAGUGAAUGAAAGUGCUGUCAAAAUAACUUCAGAUUCUUCUGCUGUUGUGAGUUUUCUCAACACACCUCUAAGUGAUGAUGGAACUACAUUUCUUCAUGUGGCUGCCCAAGAAGGACAUCCUGAUAUAGUGACCUCUCUUUUGAGUUCUGGUGCAGACCCUGCUGGGAAAAAUAAAGCUGGGAAAACGCCCUACAAUUUAGCAGAAGCUGAGGUGAGAAAUGCAUUUCGACGAUACAUGGCCAAGUUCCCUGAUCAGUAUGACUACAGCAAAGCUCAG